AGACUAACCUGGUCGCUUGUUUUCUGUUGCGUUUAAACGGUCCAAAACAAAGCGUUACCACCACCUAGCGGCUGAUUUAAACACAAAGCUUUUUAAUUAAACUCAUUAUUAAACAUGUCAACGAAACGUUGUCAUAUUUUGGUUUUGUUCAGAAGCAGUUUAAGCCAGAACUCUUGUAAGAUAUCGAGCGGCUGACUGAACCGACGAGGACAAAGUGACGGUUGAUUGUGACGUCAUUUUCUACUGAGCCGAGAACUGAGCAGGAAUCUCAGACAUGGACAACGGCAUAGACAAGGUGACGUUUAAGCGGCAACGAACUACAAUCACCCCACCCACACAUCUUCAGGAGAGAGAUGCUGGCUCACGCACUCCCUCUCGCUGGAAUAUGUCGCCGGAUGAAGAUUCAAAUCCUUUGCCCUUCGGUGACUCUCCAGGACCUGACGGCCUUGGAGAAUUAAGUCUGGACACUCCCAAGAGAAAAGCAAAGGUGCUCGGUGAAAGCACGCCUUCUUUAGGCAAACUUAAGCUGAGGAAGCUAUCCAGGAAAAAUAAUGAAAAUUUCUCAACUUCAGAGGAGAAACCUAAGGACAACUCAUCCUGGCAGCUGGAAUCCACAGAGAGCCAGCAAGCAUCAUCACCUUCACCUCACUCUUUCAUCGUGAAGAAGAAGGAGAGGACACCCGAGGAGGGAUCAAAGGCUAUCUACAAGAGGGCAUUGAUCGCAGCCAUUGGCAACACAAGAGCAAGAGGCAGCACUUCAAGUAUCCCCAGGACUUUGCCAUUUGUGUCUUCACCAGUGAAGACUGAAACACCCAGUCCAGCGUCACUUGACAGAACGGUCACGAAUAUUGAGUGUUCCUCGAUCAAACCGGAGAAUAAAUCUGAAGAAAGUGGCACUUACCAGGAGGAACCAUUGUCUCCCCUUCAGGUGUUUGAGGACACUGAAGCCCAAAGUGACAGCUCUGAGCUAAAAACAGACAGAAGGAGUGUUGUGCUGAAAGAAGAAGCUGCACCUGAGCAGUUUGUUGCUCCAGACACUAGGAUUGUUGAAACAACAUCUCAAGACAAGUUAUUUGCUACAGAAGAUGGACCAGAAUUUGAGUGCUGUGAUUUGUCCCUCUCCGCCCUGGAGGAUAUCCCAGAAUCUCCGUCUUGUUUCAGCCAACAGUCGAGAAGUCCUUCAGUGAAUACCCAGGGAGCUACAACUUCCUCUUUCACCUUUUCAUCCCCCAAUGAAACCACUGGGGCUGUCCAGGCAGCUGCUGAGGACAAGGGGACGCCUUUCCCAAUGUCACACAGGACAGGUUUUGUCUCAUUCAAGAAGCCCCACGCAACAAACGCGACCCCUUCAGAGACAUCCAGAGUUGAGACUGAGAAUUCCCGCUCCUCCAGCAGUAUGGCUUCUUUAUCGGAUCCCUUUGCUCUGCCGCUCUACUCAAAUAGAGGAGUAUUGAACCCUCACUUGAAGUCCACAACCACACGCCGGCGGUCGGAUGUUGGCUCUUCCAUGCGUCACCCCCACUACGCUUUUACUCGUGGUGGCACUCCUAAAAGAAGAUUAUCGCUGGGGGCAGAACCUAUGUGGACCAGUUACCCGCACCGGGACACUCAGGUUGGUUUCAUAGACUCACACUGCCAUAUAGACAUGCUCUAUGGAAAGCUUGGCUUCAGCGGGACGUUCAACAGCUUUCGAAAGCACUACGAAAGGAGCUUUCCUCCAGAGUUUAGAGGCUGUAUUGCUAACUUCUGCAACCCAAGGAUCAUGGUGAAGGAGGCCCUGUGGGAAGGUUUGCUGGGUGAAGACAUGGUAUGGGGGGCAUUUGGGUGCCACCCCCACUUUGCCCAACACUACUCAAGUGUCCAGGAACACGAUAUACUGAUGGCCAUGCGGCAUCCAAAAGCUGUGGCAUUUGGUGAGAUUGGCCUGGACUACUCCCACAAAAACUCCGCUGACAAGCCCAUGCAAAAAAAGGUGUUUGAGCGUCAGCUGCGUUUGGCCGUGGCCAUGCAGAAGCCUCUGGUGAUCCACUGCAGGGACGCAGAUGAUGACCUGCUGGAAAUCAUGAAGAAGUGCGUCCCGAGGGAAUACAAAAUUCACAGGCACUGUUUCACAAACAGUUAUCCAGUGAUCGAACCCUUCCUGACGGAGUUCCCCAACUUGUACGUGGGUUUCACAGCCCUGAUCACCUACUACAAGGCCACCGAGGCCCGAGAUGCUGUCCGAUGGAUCCCUCUGAACCGCAUUGUGUUGGAGACGGACGCACCAUAUUUCCUGCCAAGACAGGUGAAGAAAGAUGUAUGCCGGUUUUCACAUCCUGGAAUGGGCAUCCACACGCUGCAGGAGCUGAGCCUGCUGAAGAGGGAAGACAUGGCCACGGUCCUCGCCACCGUCCGAAACAACACCACUCUACUCUACGGCGUAUGAUCUUUAGAGAUGGUGCAUUAAAAACUAGCAAGAAAAGGUUCAACGUUUUCAGAGCUGGUUUGUGACACAAACAUUUAUGUGGUUAUUUGUUUUAGAUUUAUCAAUCCUCCAUGUAGAGAUGUAGGAAUAUGGAGGAGCAGUCUCACUUUAAACAAUCUGAAAGACUCUCAAAUUAAACUUUAACCGAAUAAAAGGCAAAAAAUGUCUGAGUAAAAGUGUCUCUCGUCUGAUAGAGACACUGUAUAUUUUUGUUUAUCUGAUGUUUCAUUUCAUUGUUCAUCACAGAAAUGAAUUCCUAAGCGUUUUAGUUGUUUUUACUGUGCUGACAUCCCUUGUUUGUUCUGAUUUGUUUGGAUGUUUGUUUAGUUUAGUUUGGGUUGAUACAGUGGAGAUGUUUAAUAAAAUUCUGUAAUCCUACC